ACUACGUCAUGUUACGUCUGCAAUAGAGGGAGGGGCUGGAGGCUGGAAAAAUUAUAAAAAUGUCUCAAGAUACUUUACCUGAAGAUCCUUGGGGAUUGCUGGUAUCUCUGGAUGAAGAUUCAGAGAAACGUUUCCCUAUUAUCAGACCUGAGUUUAAGAUUGGCAGAAACAAAGAUUGUGAUAUUGCCAUUCUUAAUAAUAAGCACGUGUCUUCAUGUCACUGCUCAAUCAUUAAAGAUGAAGAAGGUGUCAUUUGGUGUAAAGACACGAGUACUAAUGGUACGCUUGUGAAUGGUGUUAAAAUCAACAAAGAACAAGUUAGAUUGUGCGACUCGCAAAUUAUAAGAAUUGUCUUUCGUAAAGGCAGUUCAAACAUGAAUGUAUCUUAUAAGUUUGUUAACUUGUGCCCAUCAGAUUCAACUGCAUCGCUUGAUGCAACUCAAGAAUAUCUUAAUACAUUGGAAACUGACAAGGAAAGUUCUCCUAUUAACACUAAGACUAAAUGUUCUACUCCUCCUCCUAUUGAAGUGAAUGAAGAAAAGAAAGCAGCUGUCACUGAUAGUGGAGACCCUCCAAAACUAGAACUAAAUAAGAAAGACUCAAUUGAAGAGACUCUAUUAUGUCAAAUAUGCCAGGAGAUACUGCAUGAUUGUGUAAGCUUACAACCUUGCACUCAUACUUACUGUGCUGGAUGCUACUCAGAUUGGAUGAGCUAUUCAAAUGAAUGCCCCUCAUGUCGGUUGAAAGUUGAGAGAAUUACAAAGAAUUUUAUUGUCAAUAAUUUAGUGAGCGCUUACUUGAGAUCAAACCCAGGAAAGAAAAGACCCGAAGAAGAUUUGAAAGAACUGGACGAGAAGAAUAAAAUUGAUAAAGAUAUGAUGCUUCCAAAGGCUAAGAGGAGGAAGCGAUUGUCGUGGGAUGAAGAAGAAAGUGAAGACUAUAGUGAUGAUGAUGAUGAAGAUGAUGAUGAUAUUAGUAGCAGUAGUGGUCCUGAUCCCUUGACAAUAGCAUUGGGACGUUUUGAAAGCGAGUUCAGAGAUUUAGAAAGUUCUGUUAUAGCACUGAAGAGCCGUUCUGCUAUGUCAGUAAAGAGCUGUUUUGUUCCACCUACAAAAUGUCGUCAGUGUCCUAGUUAUGCUGGCCCAUCUCAUGCAGUUUCUACUAGAUCUUCCUUCACUUGCAGUCCUUCUACAAACCAUGUGCUGUGCAUGUGUUGCAUGCUUCCCAUGCCAGACAGAAGAUCUGAAUCAGAUCUCUCAAUCCCGCCUCAGAAAUGUGAUAUUUGCUCAAAGUCUUUUUGUCACAUGUACUGGGGGUGUGGCUGUACUGCAGGAGGCUGUCUUAAUCAGUUUAAAGAUGUUACUUACGAUGAGUCGACAUUAGGACGAAUCAUUAAUGAUAACAGCUAUGAAUCAAAAGUACUCAAGGAUUAUUUGAGAGAGAAAGGCCUCGCAUUCAAAGACAUGAUCAACACUUGUUUAGAUAAACUAGACAAUGGAACAUAUAGUGCACCUGACACAAGAUCGGCAAGAAUAUCUUCAUGCUCAAGAACAUGUUUUGCAUGUGCUCUUAAAAACAUGAAAGACUUGGCUUUUCAGUAUAGAAGUGACAUAAGCAGUGAAGAACUACCUGAUAGUGUUACUGAUAGACCCAAUUGUCAUUGGGGCAGACAGUGUCGCACUCAAGUACACAACACAGGACAUGCUAAGACUUAUAAUCACAUUUGUCCACAAACUAGAUUCUAGACAACGCCAAAGGAUUGCUUGAUAGUCUCAUUAUUGUGUAUUAUAAAUAUUCAACUAUAAAUUUAUCACUGAAAAAUAAUUAUUAUUAUUUAAUAA